AAACAUACAAAAAAGACAAAAGAAUGGCAUUGUUCCAAUAUGUCGAUUGCGCCUCCUGUCAGUUUGUCGUUAGUGUGUUCGGUGGAGCCCACGGCAUCGUUCUGGUAAACUAGUAGCCGAAUACAGCGGAAUGGAUUCUGCAGAAAAUUCAAAAGCUAGUUUUAGUACUAGCCAUGAUUUGUUCCCAAAUUUCGAAAGCAAAAUUCAUGCUUUUGUCGAAGAGCCAUUUGAACUGUGUCGCCUGUGUGCAAGAAAUGCUAAGAAGACAAUAUACGUGUUUGGCGAUUCUGGAGAUAUGCAGCACUUGGAAUUCAAGAUAAAUGCGUACCUACCAGUGACCAUUAAGUCGACUGAUUUACUUCCAAAGCAGUUAUGUUUCACAUGUGUGAAAAAACUAAAUAUGAUAUCAGAGUUUGUGGAAGACUGUGUAAAAGCUGAAGAGAAGCUAAAGAACAAUGCAAAGACAAAUUUUUUCAGUAGUAACCAGAAUCUGUUUCAAAGCUAUGAAAACAAAAUUAAUACUUUUGCUGAGGAACCAUUUGAAACAUGCCGCCUGUGUGCCAAGAAUGCUAAAAAGAUUAUAUACAUAUUUGAUGACACCGGGAGCAUGCAGCAAUUGGAAUUCAAGAUAAAUGCACAUUUACCAAUAACUGUUAAAAUGACUGAUCUACUCCCCAAACAACUGUGUCUAACAUGCGUGAAAAAGUUAAAUAUGCUGUCAGAAUUUGUAGAAGACUGCACAAAAGCAGAAGAGAAGCUUAAAAAUUGUGCGAAGGAAAAUCUCUUCAGAUCACAUAUUGUCUCAGUUGGUGAAGAUUUAGUAGAGGAAAAGAGAAGUUCAUUUCCAUCAAACACGAAAAAUAAUUUUGGUAACACUUGCUCUGUAAGUCAUAAACAAAGCACAUGGAAUGAUAAGGAAUUUCAAAGUAACCUUUUUGAUGAUAAAACUGUUAUCAGUUGUUUUACAUGCCCUCUCUGUAGUUUAGGUAUUAUGACAGAAACAAGUGCAAAGGUCAAGUAACUGUAUAAACUAAUGCAAGCAAUAUUUCUGUGUCAAACACAAGAUAUGCAUGUGGCAAUGAAAAUCACAAUAUUCAAAUGAAAUCAAGGAGCAAAUGACAAGAAUUUUAUGUGAAAUAUGUAGGACUGAAAGGCCAAAGAGUCCCUGUAUACAUAAUGUUACUUUUCCUUACAGCCACAUCAAUAACUGUCCCACUUUAUAGAUAUAGUAAGUAAUAUGAAGAGAAUAAAGCAUCCAAAGAGGAGAGAUUCUAUGAGUUGUAUUCAAUUUGAUGUUUUUUUAUAAAUCAUCAGCAAGUGGAAUCUUGAGAAAGACUUUAAUAACUAUGGUGCUACAAUUAUGAAAAUAUGAGCCUCCAGCCUUGCUCACUGUACUGUUUUCAUCAAUCAAUGUGACGUUCUCAGAUUUUUACUGUCCAUACUUUGUAAGACAUGUCACUAAAAUUAGAAAAAACGUUUCCUUGAGAUAAAUGUUGGCAUUAGAAUAUUAUUCUUUAUUGGACACAUUUUGGCUUAUUAUAUGAUUGUGCUGUGUUGAAGUGUCGUAAUUCAUAUUAUUGGAUGCCAAAAUACAGAUGGACUGUCUUUGAGAUUGAAAUAAAUUUGUCUUUUGUGUAGUUUAUUCACUGGUCUCAAUAACUUCAUAUAGUUGCCUAGACAGUCAUUCUUUCAAAGAAGUAGAACAGCUAAAGGUAAUUUAUCAUUAGAAACAGAAUGGUAUUUUUUAUAGUUAUUCAUUUGUCAGGAAACAUAUAAGUUUCAAUAACUACAACUUAUUUGCUGAAAUAGGUUUAUGUUCACAGAGAAACUGCACUUUGUUACAGUGAGCAUUGGCAUGCAUUACAAAUAUUGCCUUGUAUAUUAAUUGUAGGUAUGUAUACAUGUGAUAUUAAAUAAGUAAAUGUUGUGAAAUUUAUUUUUACAUGUGAUAUAUGUAAUUUGUGAUAGCUGCAGAAGAUCAUUUAUAUACAAAGCUUAACACUUAAAAGUCAUACAUCAGUGUCUUUUGUUUACAAUUCACUAAUGUAAUGAUGAAUGUAUCAUGUCUAUGGUUUAAUAAAAUUAUAGAUUUAACUUUCCCCAUGCAAACUCUAUGAAAGAAAAUUAUUUUAUAUCUUGUUUUGUCAUUGAUAACUACAUUGUUCUGGCCUUCAGGCAUUUAGUCUGAGAAAAGUGCAAUCAUUUUUGUGUUAUAUAUUUCACAGCCUCUUCUCAGAAAGAAAUUUAUAUGAAGGAUACAUAUUCCACCACAAUAUUAAAUGGCAUUCAUUCUAAAAGCUUGUGACUAUUUAAAAAUGUCAUUGAAUAAAACAAAAACAGU